GUUAUAUGAUGACAAUACACUGGUAUUUGUGUGUACUUGCUUGAGCUUUCGAAAUUGGUUUUAUGUUUACUUUUACCAUGAGGCCUAUGGAAAUAUGCCCGUAAUGUCUUUAACUUUUGACUUGUGGUUUUGUAUCAAAGCCUGUGCAGGGGAUCGAACUCCGGGUAGUUUUUUAGCUGGGAACUCUGUUUCUUGUACCAAAAUUAUUGGAAUACCUCUGAAAUUGUUUCUUCUAUUUUUGAAGAUUCUAAGUAUUUAAAGCUGAUGUUGAAAAGUGCAAAAUUUUACUGGGGAAAGGAAGAGGGCUUUAGUAGAUCAGAGGGGAGGAAGAAGCUCUAGGUAACAAACUAUCAAGGUUUAACUUGAUCAGAGACAUGAAGUCUUCUUCUAGAGAGAGAGAGAGAGAGAUUAAUCGAAGACUGCAGUUCAAAAUAUAUGUAUUUUAGAAUAUGUUUGGAUUUAUGCUUGGCAGGUCAAUGUUUCGAAGCAUGUGAUUAUUAAUACAAUUGAAAGGUAUUGGGGGAUAAGAGAGAUCAUAUAAUUUCCCUGGAUUUAAUUAGACACAGCUUAUAAUUACUACCACAGAGAAGUAAUUUUGGUUGGCUCAGGGAAAAACUGAGAUAAGAAUGGGUAUGCCAAGAUGCAAAAAAUUAUGGAUGAUACUGCAGUGACCAUAUUAAUGUUAUGGAUGAGAGGAAAUGCUGCAAUAAAACUUAUAACUGCUCUCAGAUAAGAAAUAAUACAAUGUUUGUUGAAGCUAGGAGUGAAAAUAGUUUAUCAAAACUAUUUACAAGUCAUCUGUUCAUAAAAACUCAAUGUCAUAACCCCCAAUGAUAAGAAGAAAAAAUUGAGAAAUACUAUUUUUUUGCUAAUCUAGCUGAAUAAAUAAACUUCUGCACUUUGGACAAGACUUUGGUAAGUUGGGUUGGGCUUGUCUACCUCUUUUACUAAAUUUAUACCUAUAAUUUAUUAUUUUCAACUCCUGGCGUUAUUUGUUAAAAAAAAGGAAGAAAAAGGAAACUCCUUGCAUUAUGGCAUUGCACUGAUUAACACCUUCAGUGGCUACAAUCUUCUACUACUUCUUUGUACCAAACACUCCUUGGAAAAGUUUGCGAAGCUUUGUAUUUAUGGCAUUCUCUAAAGAAGAGGCAGAUGUGCUUUGUUGAAAUCAAGUACCAUUCAAAUCACAAACUCUAACAAAGAGUGCUUCGUCGCGGAUGUGCUGUGUUGAAAUCAAGUACCAUUGUAAUCACAAACUCAACAAUGAGUGCUUCAUCACGGGAAGUCAUCUUUAACACGAGUGGCUGUAACAUGCAAGAAGGAAUAUUCUUGGAAAAGAUUCGAUGAAGGUGCAACUAAAACAAAGGUUCAGUACCCAAGAUAAUACUCCAAGAACUGUGGAAGCUCCCUCAACACCACAGUCAUGUCAUAAAGCAGUUAUACUUGUUGCCAGUGCAGCUUAUGGCUCAGAUCACGUUACAGCACUUGAUAUUCUUCGCAAUAUUAAGUCAGUAAAUGGGUUUGUGGUUGGUGUUAUUCUGAAGCCAUUCAGAUUUGAAGGACAAAAGCGUCAAUACGAGGUCAAUGAUUUGGAGGACAAAUUUCAAAAGCUUGCAAACUUGUGUAUUGUUGUUGACACAGAUACUCUUCUGGAAAAUGAUCUGGUAACUCUGGACGAGGCUCUGAAGACCUAUAAUAAUGCUGUUCUGAUGGCUGUGAAUGCUAUUUCUGUUCUCAUAUCUGAGAAACACGUAAAGCUUCUAAAUGAAACACACAAAGAUAACAAAGAACUUAAACUUCUGGAGUUCAGAAAAAUAAUAGAUAGAGUUAAAGAAGCAAGAAUUGGAUUUGGCGCUGCUUAUAAUAUCAGAAGUUCAAUCCUGCAGGCUAUAUAUGACUGCCCUUUCCUGGGUGUGAACCUUAAGGACACCAAUGGUGUAAUACUAUGCAUCUUUGCAAGCUCGGGUGUUGUUGACUGCAGUAAUGUGAAUAUUCUUUUGCAUAAUUUUCGUCUAACUACGCAAUGCCAGGGAAAGAUAAUUAUAUCUAUAGUUCAUGAACCCAAUCUAGAGCCUGAUAUAAUUCUGACUACAGUAAUUGCAUUCGGGUAAGUUUCCUCAUCUUCCAAUAAAUAAUUGAUGCAGUAUAUAUUCUGAUAACAUUUCUUCUUAAACUGAAGUUCUCUUCUUUUAACCAUGUUAUUCUUCUGUAUUCUC